AUGAUGAUGGGACAACAACAAGGCGAAGAAGACAAAGAAGAAGAAGAAGAAGAAGGAGUAGGAGGAAAAGACGACGACAAGAAUGAUUUUGAUGGCAAAGAACUCGCGUCAGAGUUACUCAGAAUCAUCUCCUCGGAUUUCUCUUUAAACGAGCUGGCGUUUGUGCCUCCGUGGAAGCAUUUGAGAGAGUUGUUAGGGGAAAAGUUUGCCGACGAUGAAGAAGACGAAAACGACCGAAAGCGGUUAAAGUUGUUUUAUCGCUCGUUUUGCGUCCGAGAACAUAAACUGGCGAUUAACGCGCACGUUAUAGUGCCCGUAUUAAACUACGUGUAUUCUCAGUUGAGGAGGAAAAAGGACGAAAAGAAUGACGAUGAUGCCUUCUUGGAUGAUGAUUUGAAAGUACUUUUAUGCGUGCUCACUGGCGACAGUUUAUCCGGUUGGAACGUGAGAAAAAGAAGAGUCUUGGAAGCGUUGGAAAAGGACGGUGACACGACGAGUGAUGAUCAAGAGAAGAAUAGGAUGAAAGAGAUGGAACGAGAAAUGAUGUUUGCCACGUUCGUACAAACAAAGUUUCCAAAGUCCACGGCGGCGUUUGCGCACAGAAGGUGGGUGAUUAUGACGUGUUGUUUUCACGGAGGAGGCUGCGCGGAGAGAAGGAAUCACCUAAUACCAAGGAACGCGCGAAGGGAUACGACGAUGUUAUCAUUAUUGUUAUUAAAUAAUGUAUACAAACGAGAAACUCUCGCGUGCGAACAAACGUGUCGACGGAAGCUGAGCAAUUACGCCGCGUGGUCGCACAAGUUGUUCGUCUUUGAACUCGUCCAUGUGAAGCAAAACGUGAACGAACCGGAUGAGCUCUUGGAACGGGCGAAGAGCGUCUUGCGAGAAUCAGAAACAAACAUUUCUUCCUCCGAUCCGAGCGCGUGGCAUUUUCGACGCGCAGUAAUUCGCUCAGUUUACGAUCGACUACUUCACUACGAUGCAGUGAAGAAGAGAUUCUUCGAUGAAGUGAUCGUUAACGAAUUCCGUUUCGUGCGCGAAAAGAUUGCGGCGUUUCGCGGACGGGAAACGCUAUGGCACCAUCGUAAAACGGUGUUGGCGCAUGUGCUCCUCAAAUGCUCUGACGACGACGUUCGAAACGAAAUCGUCGCGGAGGAAAUAGAGUUUGCGAUAAAUAAUAAUAAUGAGGCAGACGAAAUCAAAGUGCGAGACGUGCCGUGGGCGACAAAGUACGAAGACGGGGAUGAAGCUCGCCUUCUUGCAUCCUUUAGUAAAUACGUGUGUACAAUAUUUAGUCGCUUUUGCAAAAAGUUAUAG